CUACACUGCUCACCAGGUUCAGACUUCUGUGCGUAAAAGCGCACCUGGAUCUAACGCUCCAGUUUUUGCAGAUUCAAUAUGAACUCCUUGAAUUUCCGCGGGCCGUCCAGCGGUGGUGUGUAUCCCCUCCACGGUGUUAACUCCAUGCUGUUCGACCUGCACCACCAGAUGGCGGAGCAGUACCACGUCUACUCUGCAGCCGGCCCUGCAGCGCACACUCUCUCUGUGGCUGAGAGACUGGCAGAGCUUAUCCUGGAGGCUCGGUACGGCAACCAGCAGAAGCAGCGCCGCAGCCGAACGGCCUUCACCGUGUCACAGCUGCAGGCUCUGGAGAAAGCCUUCCAGCAGACUCAGUACCCAGAUGUUGGCAUGAGAGAGAGGCUAGCUGUCUGCAUCAACCUGCCUGAGGCUCGCAUCCAGGUGUGGUUCAAGAACAGGAGGGCAAAGUUUCGUAAAGGUCAGAGAUGCUCCCCACUCUCAAGAGACCACUGUCUGGAGGAGGCACCACAUCGCAGCACCAUGGGACAGGAGGAAGUCAGGGCCAAAGACGAACAGGACAUCACCACAUCACAUGUUGACAGAAACAUCCCUCCUCUUCAUUGCUACUCUGAUGUUUCACGGUGCCCCCUCCGCCUUCACUCUCCUCCACUUUUCCCCUUCAUUGCGGGGGAGCGCUACAGCCACCAGCCUCACCAACCGGCUGUAGGAGUGCUGUCCGCCGAGUUCGCCUUUCCCCCGGUUUUCUGGCCCAUCAUACAGCAGCACAGCUCCGCCCUGGGGGUUCAUCCAUCAUACACCUGA